AUGGAAGCCGAAUAUGCUAAGAUUGCGGAUAUAAUCCGCCAGAAAGCCCGCUCUCAUCACAAGCAAAGGCUCCUCGUAGCUAUCGCUGGCAUCCCGGGCUCGGGAAAAACAACCACUGCAGCGGCAGUCGCUCAGAUUCUGCGAUCUACUUCUCCCGCUCUGGCCACGGCGCUUCUCUCCAUGGACGGCUUCCAUCUCUCGCGGGCUGUGCUAGACACGCUCCCCAACCGAGAAGAGGCCUAUCUUCGUCGCGGUGCGCCCUGGACGUUCGAUGCACCCCGUUUCGUUGCCGUUAUCCAACAGCUGCGCCAGUGGGCAGAUAUAGACACGCCAGCCAACCUUGGUGUCGAAUCGCAAACCAUCUAUGCACCUUCAUUUGACCACGAGGCAAAAGACCCCGUGGAGAACGGCGUUGUCAUCACUCCGGACACGUCCGUCGUCAUCGUCGAAGGCAACUAUUGCCUGCUGAACGAACAAAUAUGGCGCGAUGUCGCGCAGCUAGUUGAUUACCGGAUCUUUGUCGACACAGACCUACAAGAGGCCCGCCGUCGUGUCGCCAAGCGGCACGUUCAGGCCGGGAUCGAGGCCACUCUCGAGGCUGGGCUCCGUCGGGUGGACAGCAACGACUGCCUCAAUGCUCUGAUCAUUCAGGACAAGCUGAUUACUCCCGACUUGGUGGUGCAUAGUAUAAUAGAAAAUGCAUAG